AUGGCCCAAUACGCCGUCCCGCCCGCAUCCAACCUGAGCCCGACGACCUCCAACACCCCAUCGACCGCUGCCGCCGCCUCGGCGCAGGCACAGGCGCAGUCUGGGACCACCGGUGCGUCCCAGCACAAACGCGUCUACCAGGCGUGCAUCCCGUGCCGCCGGAGAAAGGUCCGUUGCGACCUGGGCAGCGUUGAUAACCCCCACGACCCGCCCUGCGUACGAUGCCGCCGCGAGAGCAAGGAGUGCUUCUUCAGCGCCACUAGAAGGAAGCGCAAGACCGAGGACGGCGAGGACCCCGAUGUUGAGGACGUCGACGACUACACCAUCCGCAAUGGCCGUAAGCGCGUACACGUCAGCGGCAGCCCGCCCGUCGCCAUCGAUCGCCGAUUAUACAGCGAAGUGCCCCUGACCCCGGGCGGCUCCAUCGGCCGGAACCAACCUCUGCGGCGCCCGACCGAUCCCGGCACUUCCAUCGGCGGCACCCCGAGCACGACGAGCCAGACAGACAGUCGCCAGCGCGGCGACUAUGUCAUGGACGACGAGCCCAAUGCCCAGCUCGAGAACCGCGAGGCCCAGGAUCUUAUGCGGCCCGGUGUCUACGGACCGCACGAUGCGUUGGAUCUGCUUUACAAGGCGGCCACGGAUAGGUCAGUCCAGCUCAGCCAGGACCAAGACGCAGCUGCUUACCACCCCCCGGCCUACAGUCCUGCGACGAACAACCACAAGCGCCAUGAGAGCAUUGCUUCCGUACCCGCCAUACCGCAGCAGCCUCUCAUCGUGACACCUGGGGCAACCAUGAAGCCCGUUGCCAGUAGCCGUCCGUCUGUCUCUGUCAAGCUUGAGCCGCAGCCCAUCGACCCGGAGCUGACGAAGCGCGAUCUCUCUGGUGAGCCUGGCUACCAGGAUGCUAUCAAGGCCUGGGGGAGGUUCAGGUUCGUCAGAGCUGGCUGGUUCUCCGCGCAGGAGGCCAUUGAGUACAUCGACUACUACUACGAAUACCUGUCACCGCUCACCCCAAUCUCACCCCCGACCUUCCGCAACCCCGCAUCGCACAUCACCCUCCUCACGGAAGAGCCCAUCCUUACCAUCACACUCCUCACCAUUUCCUCGAGAUACCGCAAGAUCCCGGGGACCGGUGGCCACUGCAGAUCACACGCCAUCCACGAACAACUCUGGACAUACCUCCGUGGCAUGAUUGAGAGAUGCCUGUGGGGCCAGGAGGCCUUCGGAGGUGGAUUCGCGGCGAUGGCCGGGGCGUCAUCUCUUCCCGAUGAUCAAACCAGUAGCACAGCGCCCUGGCGAGGAAUGAGGAAAGGCAGCCUACGGACGCUGGGGACGAUCGAGUCCUUGAUGAUCCUCACGGAGUGGCACCCUCGUGCGCUUCACUUCCCGCCAGCCGAGGCCAUCGAUGAGCUCAUGCUUCCUUCAUACGAGGGCAGUGACCUGGUCAGCACUGAUGAGAACGGCAACCAACGGCCGUCCGCCAAUAUCGGCGGCAAGAGACUCGACAGCUGGCUCGAGCCCGCCUGGAGAAGUGACAGGAUGUGCUGGAUGCUUCUCAGCACCGCCAUGGGCCUCGCCUACGAGCUUGGCGUGUUUGACGACAUCGACGAGCUGUUGCGCGACGGCGCCAUUUCGCGCCCCGAGUACGAAGAGGAGGUGUACCGCCAACGGGCGUAUCGCAUCAAACGCCUACUGUUGAUCUAUCUGACGCAGCUGGCAGGUCGCCUAGGAUGGACUAGCAUGGUGCCCGAGGCCCUUCGCAAGAGUGAUCCGGCCGUGACUCGUCGCCGACCGACAUCGACCGAAGGCACUACGCCUGGCACCAACCCCUCGUCCAUGUCCAAUGCUUUCAACUAUAUCCCCGAUCUCGAGCUUGACGAUCAAAUAAUACACUGUUGGGCUGGAAUCAGCAACGCGAUGCACAUUGGAAACGAGAAACUGUUCAAGUCACGCAAGCAUACUACCGACAUCAUUCAGAGUGGCAAGUACACGGAAAUGCUCAAGGAUUUCCAGCCGUUGCUUCAGGACUGGUGGAAGGAGUUUGAGCUUUACAGGCUGCCACCUUACAUCAGGCACAUACUCACCAUUGAGUAUGAGUACGUGCGCAUCUACGUCAACUCGUUGUCACUGCAAGCGGUCGUUGAGCGGUGUACCAACAAUGCUGGGCAUACAGCUCACGCGGGUCAUGGUGCCCACGGCAAUCACAAUGCAGGAAGCGCGGCGCAGCUGUCACCCCAAACCCAGAAUUACUUUGGCAAAUUGCCUUUGGGCCAGUUGGGUGGCUUCGGCGCAAGCGAUCAGGAGUACAUCAAGGAGGUCAUCAGUGGCUGUCGGAACCUGCUCCGGACCGUUGUGGAGGGUCUCCUCCCGGGCGACUACCUCAAGCAUGCCCCUGUGCGGACCUACUUCCGCAUCAUAAGCGGAGCCAUGUUCCUGCUCAAGACCUUUGCCCUGGGUGCCCCGCGGUCGGACGUCAAGCUCAGUAUUGACUUGAUGGAUGAGACGGUUAAGGCCCUCCGCAACUGUAUUGUCGACGAUGUUCACCUUGGCAUUCGAUUCGCCGACCUGCUCGAUUCCCUAACAAGUCGGCUUCGCAACCGGUUCAUUCAGGCUCCGGCUUUGGGGCAGAUCGGUUCUGCGGAUGGAAGGAGCCCCGACCCGCAUGCCGUCGCCAACGGUGCUGCUGCUGCUGCCAACGGCCAACAAGCCAACGGCGGCGACGGCCAAAACUGGUCCAACCACGCCACGAAGCUACGGGAUGGCCUCAACGCACACGAAGAUCCCGCCAACAUCUCCGCAACGCCCUUCGAUCUCAGCACGGGCAACUUCCCCUACCCCUCAGGCACGGCCUCGGCCCUCGGGCCGUCUACGCCGGCACCACCGCCUGAGAACGGCGGCGCCGGUGGCAACGGCAACAGCAACAACGCCCCAUCCUCGACGACGGGGAUGGAUGGCCUCUUUGACUCAACGGACUGGAACAACCCGGGCAACGAGAUGUGGUACCUGCCGCCCGGCCCGGCCUUCUUCCAGAACAUGGACAACACGGCCGUCGCCAUGACCGCCGAGGGCGUCAACGUCGGCGGCCUCGACCUGCUCGAGUACAUGGCCAUGGACACGGGGUUCCCCGUCUUGGACGGGCCCACGUCGUACCCCUGA